AUGGCGCCUGGCCAGCAAGAGACUCGAAGGUGGAGCAAUAAUAGUAACGGAAGGGGCCAUAGCGCUAGCAGUAUUCUCAGUGAAUUUAUUCCCGUGGCCGUGGAAAGUCCUUUUGAAGGGCAAUUGGUUCAAGAACUGCUUAAAUCUGAUGGAUGUGAUAUUGAAAAGGCGACGUCCCAAUACAGGUUGAUAAAAAAACCUUUUCUUAAAAAAGGUACUCGUGGCUGGUGGAUGCGACAGCGAGAUGCCAAGCAGAAGUUGAUCAAGCACACACUCGUGUCCAAGGGAGAAGAAAAUAAAAUCGGGAAUGAAAGUAUGAAUUUUCAUUCAAAAAAGUCGGGUACUUCUCCUGUCGCAACACCGCCGAAGCAGACUUAUACAACCUGUACGCCCUCAUCGACAUCGUCAUCGAUCGAACGGAAACAAUACAGUCAAGAGGUAAAUAAUCUUAACAUGCAAGAAGAAAGCAUAUAUAAAAUUGGACAAGAAGUUGUUGAGUGGAAACCUGGGUCAAUUGGUCCCUCAGUCAGUGUUGACAUGAUGGAUUGGGAUAUUCUACGUCAUUCCUAUGCAGCAAACCAGGAGCGUGAAGCCGAUGAGAUGGCUGAUUUCGAAGCAAUUGAGCAGGACUUGUUGGCGAAAAAAAACAAGGAAAAGCAGCAUCUGUCAUCUGCUCAACCCAAGCACCAUGAUCAAGGGUUAUCAAGGUGGCAAUUUGAUGAUCCAGACUUUCUUGACGACAGUUUAAAUGGAAAAGAAAACUCCGUACUCGUCUUCGACGACCACAUAGAUCUGUCGAAGGAUAACUGGACGGUCAAAGAACAUGAUGACACACGUCAGCCAUGCUUUCAAUUCGGAUACGAAAACAAUUAUGGUGACCUGUUGUCAGACUUGAGCGCAGUUAGCUUUGAUGAUUCUGUACCGUGGGACAACAGUUUGUCAUUACAACCACGGCAAAUCCCGACUCAUUAUCAGCAACGUAACGCUGGUAUUGACAAGUUAAAUUUGCACAAUAAUGGCUUCAUUAAUGACGACAUUUUCGAUGAAGGCGAUACGGCCACAAAUGAUGCUGGUCAUGAUAGGAAGCAGGUCAAUGUAGAUUCGGCCAACCUACCCUCGUCUACUUCACCGCCUAAACAGGACCUAACGAUGCUGAAGCAGCAGUUUCGUGGCAAACAGACUUCCUCAGGAGUGGUCAAAGGCAAAACAAGAGACACUGGUCCAAAAUCUGGUGCUCGUACGCGAACAGAGCAAAAAUCAGUAGCAGAAAAUCGGAAGGCUGCACAGCGGUGUACUCAAACAGGUGUAGGCUCUGGUUUGGAGUUGCCCUCUAUAAUCGAAGAAAAGUUGUACGAGUUGGAGGAAGAAGUCAAAUUUUACAAAGCAGAGACACUUCAGGUCAGGAAACGAAAGGACUACUACGACCAAGAGAUAAAGAAAUUGCACCUUGACCGGGACAAAUUUGCUCAAUAUCAGAAGGAACAAGUCUUAUUGAUAGAAAAGGAAUGGAAUCAGGAGCGGAUCAAAAUGAAGAAAAGCGAAAAAGUGCAAGAGCGCCAGUGGAAAGCGCACUUGAAUGCAACCAUUUCGCAUCAAGAGCGAAAGGACCGAGGCGAAGUAGAAAUGCUCAAAGCCCAAAUUGUCAAGAUGCAGCUUGAUGAAAAUGCACGUGUGGGUAAGCUGAAAGUCGAUAAUGAAAAUCUGCGGCAGCUUAUUAUGGAACUAGAGAAUAAGAACCAAGAGCUGACUGACACCAUCAAAUUCUUUGAAAAAGAUCGCUUGGUCCAGUGCGAAAAAUAUAAUCGUUUAGUCAAGGGACGACAAGACGCAAACAGGUCGAUUUUUAAGUUCGAAUCAUCAACUUCAAAGUUUGACGAGUCAGGCAAACUUCGUACAACAUAUGAUGGUUAUUUGAGCAAGAAAACGGCUGAUGAACUUUCACAACGAUGGGGGUCUUCUCAGGAUCCAAGUCGCGAUCGUGAAAAUAAUAACUCGACAUUGGCAGUUGAUCAAGAUAAUAUUUGUGCGAAAUCUGAUGAAGCGGACCUUUACAAUUUAAAGCGUUACAGUCUCGAUGGCAAAGUUUAUAGUUUAUCGCGCGAGCCUAAGCAAUGUUCUCACAGAAACGGUUUCCAGAGCACGAAUAACGACGAUGAUUCCAUUCAGUUAGUGCAAACUGCAAGUACAGGUAAUUCUGCAACGUCUUAUGAAGGGUCUAUAUUGGUCGGGAAUGAUCAAGUGCUACAAAAUACUGGCAACUCGCCCUGUAGUGGCAAUGAACUGGAUGCUGCACUAUCGACGACUCGAUCAGAACACAAGAUGAUGUCGCGAGAGAUCAAACAUCCUGGAGGUAAAACGGAACUGUUGUUCUCGGAUGGUAGCAGAAAAAUCACUUUCACCGAUGGCAAUGAAAAACAUAUUGACGCAAGUGGCCGCGUAAUCAUACGGUUUACGAAUGGUGAUCUCAAAGAGGUCUCUCCGGACACAGGAAUCAGUGUAUAUUAUUACUUUGAAGCCCGAACUAAACUCACAACUUACCCAGAUAGUCGAAAGGUUUACGAAUUUCCUAAUCAGCAAAUUGAGACGACCCUGCCUGACGGCACAACUGAAAUUCAGUUUGCUGACGGCAUAAAGAAGACCAUUCGACCAAACGGCGACGAGUUUUCAGCGUUUCCUGACGGCACUACCAUGCUGGAACAACCUGAUGGCCUGCGGGAAGUAACGCUGCCUAACAAAAGAAAAAUUUCCUAUUUUCCUGACGGGCAGAUGAUGGCGUGCUCUUCUCCAGAUUUAAUGAUUUCUCUUAAUAAAAUCUUUAACGUCAAAAAGAUACAACUAAAACGUACUGAUACUCCCAUCAUAAGAGGCUCGGUGUCCGUGGAUUGUCGCGUUUACGCGAGCCAGCGGCGUUCCGACGAGCACAAGCGUCUUCAGCUCACGUCAAAAGGCAUUGAACUUUGUUCUGUGGAGUCGCCCUCGGAGCCUGACGUUAUUCCCUGGUCCUCGAUCCUCGGUGCGUCCGAGUCUACUACUGGCAUCCGCCGCCGUCUGGUGCCCAUUUAUGAAGGCGAAGAGUUUGGCGAGGAAAAAGAGUUUAUUGUAUUUGGAUGCAUUCCAAAGGUUAAUACCUCAAGUUCAGGAGGACUGCUGGGAAUGAUAAAAACAAUGGCGAAAGCCAUGCUACCUACUGCUCUCACGGAUGAAAAACCGGGGACGGAGAGGUCGCUGGUGCAUUGGGUUUUUAGGUGUGAUGAAGACGAAGAGGUGGUUGCCAUGAGGGCUGUGAAGGCCAUCCGAUUCUUGGCUGACCCGAGGGUCGAACACAGCAUCGAGAAGGGUGAAAAGUUGCUAGACCCGUACGGUUUUAUGCCUCCUCGCAAGUUCCUGGUCAUUAUAAAUCCUGCUGGAGGUACGGGCGAUGCGCAGCAAAUAUUCGAAAAGGAGUCAGCACCGGUGUUGGAGCAAGCCAAUGUGGAAGUGGAGCAAGUUAUCACGAAACACGCUGGCCAUGCGACGCAAAUGCUGAUGGACGUGCCUUUAAACAAAUUUGAUUGUAUCGUGGCUGUUGGGGGCGACGGAUUGCUGUCAGAGAUGCUUCAGGGCUUAAUGAAUCGUGAGGACUGGCAAUUAGCGAUCCUGCAGCCGCUUGGAAUCAUUCCAGGUGGAUCCGGUAAUGGUCUUUCUGCAUCGUUGCUGUCGCGUGCGGGCGAACGCUUUGACGCCCUCAAUGCUUCAUAUUCUCUUGCAAAGGGCCAUGUGCAAGAGCUAGACCUAUUCACUGCAACGAACGGCAACGGAAAGACCAUGUGCGGAUUUUUAUCACUCGAAUGGGCAUUUAUUGCCGACGUGGAUAUCAAAUCGGAGUAUUAUCGCUUUUUUGGCGACCAACGCUUUCUCAUUGCGUCUACUUUGCAAAUUUUCGGCCUUGGUCAGAUGAGCUACCCUGGACGAUUGCGUUAUCUCGUUUCUACAAAUGACGAACCACAGCCGACCAAGUACCACGACAUGUUUAAUAACGGAGAGAUGACAGCUAAGCCAGUUUGUGUGUGUUUGGAUACGGAGGAUAACGCCGCCAAGUGGCAAGAGUUAAAUGGCCCGUUUUACAUGUUUUGGUCUAUGAAUGUCUCCCACGCUGCCGCUGAUGCGCACAUAGGGCCACCUGCUGACAUAUCCGAUGGAUAUUUCUAUGUGAUGCUGGUGUCAGGACAGAGUUACUCGCGUCUGGAACUUGCUAAAUUGAUGAUGGGAAUUGAGAAUGGCACACAUUUGAACGUGGAUCGCGUACAACUUAUUCGCACGCGUGCCUUAUCGUUGUGCGCAACAAACGCAGAUGACCUGAUGUGCGUCGACGGUGAGAUCUUUCCCGGUCCAGAUGUGAAGAUUGAGUGGUGA